AUGGACGAGGUGCUCGCUAUUCUCCCAAGUGUAGACGAGAGCAACGCAUCACGAAUCCGAGCGAUGAGCUUACCCGCCAUUGUAGCCUUUAUGGUUCCGCAUUCCACCAGCCAUGACCGAAUGGUCGUACUUUGCAAAUGGCUGACUUGUUUGCUGCUCUUUGAUAACCUCUUUGAAUAUCCAUGGUUCAGCCAGGGAGAGACACUGCACAUGGGACGAGGGCUUGACAGCCUACCGCGUGACUUGAGACUGCUUGCCACUGACGGCCAACUAGCCAGCGACAACUAUAUUCAAUCCCAGUCUGCGCGGUAUAUUCGCGGAGUUCUCGCUGAAAUGUUUCGCCUCAGUCCGAGAAAGGAGCAGUUCCUCCGUGCGGCCGACUAUUUAGAAAGAGCCAUCAUGGCCAUGCACGCAAGGGAGCACGGUUCAAGCAAGGCCUCAGACGACCUGGAGCAAUGGAAGCAAUCUCGCGUUGAUAGCACGGGCAUGUUCAUGCUGUUUCACUGGAUGGAGUUUGCGCUCGAUCUUCAGAUCCCCGAUAGCGUCUGGGAUGAUCCGACCAUGCAGCUCCUGGUGGACGAGGCUUGUCUUCAGAUUGGCGUUGUCAACGACCUGUAUUCCCUGCCCAAGCAUAUUUUCAUGAACGACGGUCGGGUAGACACCGAAAGUAUGAACUGUGUGGCGUGGCUUAUGCGAGGGACGGGCGAGAGUCUGCAGGAGGCCGUCGAUCGGUGCUGGGACUACAUCCAUCAUCUGGAUGAUUCGGUUGUACACGCUGCGAUAGUUGUGAAGAGUCGAUUUAGACAGGACAAGGCGAUCUCCCAAAUCGUGGACGCAAUCGUUUAUUCCCUCCAGGGGUCGUGGGCCUAUGGAAUCACGUCGUCACAGGCCUGCCUCAAGUCGCGGUACACCCGUCAGCCUGCACUGCUGUCUGGGAGCUUCAAAGUUGCGGCAUGUGAUGAAAAGCAACAGCCUCUUGUCGUAAAUACUGAGGUGAACGAUGAGAGAGACUCAGCUAGACCGGAUGUUGAGCAAUCUUGA